CUGCAAAAAAAAUUAGGAAACAAAACCCCCCCCAAAAAAAAGGGGGUGAAGGAAGAGAUUUCAGCAUCUCCUUCCCUUCUUACCAAUGGAAAAUCCCUUCUUAUCCUGCAACACCAAAUACCCAGUCCCAACUCUCCUCUUCAAACACCAAAACCCGCCUCAAAUCCCUGCAAAUUCCAUCAGAACCACCUCCUCACUCCCCCAAAACUCCACACUAAAACCAUUACAAUCACCCCCGCCUCCAAACCCCAACACCGCCGACCGCCAACUGAACCGCCUCCGCCGCCAUGGGAAGCUCCAAGAAGCCAUCUCUGCCCUGGAACAGGGGCCCCCCAUCCGGCAGAGAACCUACACUUCCUUGCUCCAGUCCUGCAUCGACUCGGACUCCAUUGAGGAGGGACGGAGGCUUCACGCAUCGAUUGCGUUGGUGCGCGACCCAAAUCCCUUCGUAGAGACCAAACUUGUCAGCAUGUAUGCGAAAUGUGGCAGCUUGGAAGAAGCCCGCCGCGUGUUCGACGGAAUGCCUGAGAGGAACCUCUUCACCUGGUCGGCGAUGAUCAGUGGCUAUUCUCGGGAGCAAAGGUGGCAAGAGGUUGUCGACCUCUUCUUUCAGAUGAUGCAUGAAGGUGUGAGUCCUGACUGCUUCUUGCUUCUGAAAGUUCUACAGGCGUGUGCAAAUACUGGGGAUUUGGAAACCGGGAGGUUGUUGCACUCCCUUGCGGUCCGAGGGGGGCAUUUGGACUCAGUGGAGGGGACCCAUCUGAGCAAUUCGGUGUUGGCGAUGUAUGCUAAGUGUGGCGAAUUGAGCAUGGCAAGGAAGAUUUUUGAGAAUUUGGGUGCAAAGGAUCGGGUGACAUGGAAUUCGAUUAUAUCUGGGCAUUGCCAUUGGGGUGAAAAUGAAGUGGCCCUUCAGUUUUUUGAACGGAUGAGAGCUGAAGGAGUUAAACCGAGCAUGGUUACAUGGAAUAUAUUGAUAGCAAACUAUAUGCAGUCUGGUAGUCCUGAGCUUGCAAUGGAACUUAUGGAGCAGAUGGAGAGUUAUGGAGUCGUCCCGGAUGUCUUUAGUUGGACUAGCUUGAUUUCAGGUUUUGCUCGGAACAAUAGGUUUAGUGAAGCAUUGGAUAUUUUUCAGAAGAUGCAACUCUCUGGGGUGGAACCAAAUGGCAUGACCAUUGCAACUGCUAUCUCGGCUUGCACCUCUUUGAAGGCUCUGAGCAAGGGAAAGGAGCUCCAUUCAUAUGCUGUUAAGAUAGGAAGUGCAGGCAGUGUUUUGGUGGCCAAUUCAUUGAUUGAUAUGUAUGCAAAAUGUGGGAGACUUGUAGAUGCUGAGAAUGUCUUUGACCAAACAGCAGAAAAAGAUGUCUUCACUUUGAAUUCAAUGAUUGGAGGCUAUGCACAAGCCAGAUAUUGUGGUAAAGCCUAUGAUCUCUUCUCGAAGAUGGAGAGUUUAGGCAUCCGGCGAAAUGUGGUAACUUGGAAUGCAAUGAUUUCUGGGUACAUUCAAAAUGGUGAUGAGGACCGAGCCAUGGAACUUUUCCAGAGGAUGGAGAUCGAUGGAGUCAGGAAGAACACGGCUUCAUGGAAUACUCUCAUUGCAGGUUCCUUGCAUAAUGGCCAUGCAAAUAAAGCCCUAAGGAUAUUUAGACAAAUGCAGUUGAAUUCUGUAAGGCCCAAUAUAGCUACCAUCCUUAGCAUCCUUCCAGCUUGUGCAAAUUUAGUAUCAGCUUGGAAGGUAAGGGAGAUCCAUGCUUGCAUAUUGCACAAUAAUUUGCAAACUGAGAUCUCGAUUGCAAAUUCUCUCAUAGAUGCGUAUACAAAAUCUGGUGAUUUAGGCAGUGCUCAAGUGGUAUUUAAUGGCCUUUCAUUGAGGGAUCUGAUCUCCUGGAACUCGAUGAUUGCAGGCUCUGUUCUGCAUGGAUAUUCUCUUGUUGCAAAGGAUCUAUUUGAUCAGAUGAAAGAGGAAGGCGUGAAGCCAAACCGAGCAACAUUUUUGAGUAUGAUCAAUGCCUAUAGUCUUGAGGGAAUGGUAACUGAAGGAAAGGAACUCUUCUCUAGCUUGGUAGAAGAACACCAGCUUGCUCCAGGCUUAGAACAUUAUGCUGCAAUGGUAGAUCUCUUUGGUCAUUCUGGUAGACUUGAAGAAGCUUCCAAUCUUAUUGAGAAGAUGCCAAUUGAGCCUGACUCUACUGUCUGGAAUGCAUUGCUUGUUGCAGCCAGAAUCUAUGGCAAUGUCAGGCUAGCAAAUCUUGCAGCAGAACGUUUGGUAAAAUUGGAACCGAGGAAUCCCAGUAUUCACAGGCUACUAUCAAAAAUACAAGCAUUAUGUGGGAAGCAGAGUGGCAUGUUAAAACGGAGAAAGCCUAGGAAGGAUAGCAAACUUGAUAGUUCUCUUAGUUGUUGCUGGAUUGAAGUUCGAAAUAAGGUGUACAGCUUUGUAACAGGUGAGCAAGCUCAUGUAGAUUUGGAAAAUAAGUUCGCUGGAUUAAAUGGCAAUUCAGUUGAUGUCGCGGUAGCACCACCUGCCUUUUAUGAUAAUAGGCUUGAAAUUGAGGAAGAAGAGGAAGAGACUGAUGGCAUACACAGUGAGAAGCUAGCUAUUGCUUUCGCCAUUUCCAACUCGCCAACAGUUAGAAGCAUACGAAUAAUCAAGAGUGUAAGAAUGUGUACAAAUUGCCACAAUGCUUGUAAGUUCAUUUCAAAGGUAUAUCGGCGUGAAAUAUUGAUUAAAGAUCCCAAGUGUUUGCACCAUUUCAAAGAUGGGAAGUGUUCUUGUAGAGAUUUCUGGUGAAUCAGAAGAAGAAAACAAGAUAUCCUACUCUGCUAAUUAUUUGAAGUACAAAUUUUAUAGGCUGGGUUUUUUCUUCAAGUCUAGCUCAGAAGCUUGUGCAUUUGUUUUUGUAAUGUCUGCUAGAAAGUCUUGCUAAAAUCUUGGUUGACAGACUCAAGCUUUGGCUCCCUGCAUUUUUCUACUAAGGAGAGUGCAACUGAUGCCGAAAGGGAUGUUGGUAACCAAAAAAUAAAAAAACUUGUGGCCUAAGCAGUCCAGCAUGCUACAGUUACAAGACAAGUCUCUGAUGAUUAACCAACAUGGGAAAUGCAUGAGUAGUUGAGAUACAAGGGACCUUUUUUUUUCCUGGAGUCAAGAAGGAGAAAAUCAUCAAAAUCUAUCUACUUAGAAUAUUUGAAAAUAUAAAGUUGGCAAGUAUAAUUGCUAUUCUAAUUAUAUUAUUUGUUUAAAUCUGAAUAGAGAAAAUGGAAAUUGCCACUGAUAUUCUCAUUAUAUAUGGCCCUUAGAAUGAAAUAAUGGGUUAGUGAUUGCUUCAAUCAAAA